GCAAACAGGCAAAGCUGCCCAAGGUCUUGGGCAGGUGGGGACACGUCUCUUUUUUCUACUUUGACCACCCUUUUCCAGAGGGCAGAGGAGUCUGGAGAGCAGUGCCAUGCCCAGAGGGAGCCUCUCGAGCAGCGCGGGCGUUCAGAACAGUGCUCCAGCCAGCUGAGGUGGCAGAGAAGAUUGAUCCGUGAUUAUCAUCAACCUGUUUGGAAAACCUAUUGUUGAAAGGUAUCAAGAUUAAUAGGAAAAUGGAGUUAAACGCAAGGAGCAUAACCUCAGAACCAGCCCCUCCCACCAACAACACAGAGGAGGAAAAGAUGGAGGUUGCUUCUGAACUGAACAGCCCAACGAUGCAUAGUGGGAAUAGUGGGUUCAUUGAAAGAGGGAUUAAAACAAUGUUAAGCUUCCGAAAAUCGAGACGAAGUCUGAGCAUAGAGAAAGGAAAGGAAGGUACUGGUACUUGGAAACGAAAACUUUCUUGGCGAUUUUCCAAGAGCUCUGAGGAGAAUGAAACCACAAUCUGUAAUGGCGUGGAGGUGAUUAGUGAGAAGAUAGAAGCAGAGUCCAUUCAAGGAAAACCUCUCUCAGUAAUGGAAAUCCAUGAACUUAUUCAGAAAAGGCAACUUCUGGAAGCAUUUGCAAGUAUUAAGUACUUGGAAGAUGAACUUAUAGCUGAACGAGAUGCUGAGAAAUACAAAGAUAACCCCCAGGAAUUUGUGAGGAAAUACAAAGAUGUGGAUUUGCUUUACAACUCCAUCACAAACAUGAUCCAGUCCAUCGUGUUGGAAACACUGGAGCAUCCCACUGUAGAGGACACCAUGCUGACCUCCCUGGUGACUUUAAUUGCCCGUGAAGAAGCAGCUCAUCCUAACACAGGCAUCAGUGUUCAUUCUGGAUCUGACUUGUUUGGCAUACCCAGAAAGUGGAGGGAGGAGUGGAUGGCAGCUGUCAAUGAGAGCACUAGGAAGAGGAUCCAGAGGGUACCCAUGCCAUCAAAGGAAGAAAUGAGUUCUUGGCUUGUUCUCCACUUAGAUUUACUCCAGAAACACCUGUGUGAAGACUUACUGAAAAUCAAGUUAUCAGUAAAGAAGUGUUAUCCAGAAGAAUACCAGGUGUGUGACACAUAUGUAGAGGCUUUUCACAAGGCCAUUGCCUCACAUUUGGAAGAUCUCUCCCAGAGACCACUGGAAUUCAAUGAGCUUUACACCUUGCUUGACUGGGUGGCCAAUACUUACCGCAGUGAACUCUUUCUGGGUCACCCUGAUCUCAAACCAGAAGUUAAGACAGAAAACCUGACCCUGCUGUUAACACCAGCCCAUUGGGAUAAGCUGAAAAAUGACUACAUUGCUUCUGCAAAGGGGAAAAUCAAAAGCUAUUUUGGAAACAUCCUGAGACUGGAGGUCACGGAGAAGUGGGAGAAGGAAGUUCAUCCAGAAGUGAAGGAAAACUUCUACCACUCCUCUCUCUCCUUCGAUAUUCAAACGAUCAUUGCGGAGCACAUGAAGAUAUCUGGAGAGAUCAGCAGAAGCCUGGAAAUGAAAAUGCUUGAGCUGUGCCUGGCAGAGCUGUAUGAAUUCAUGCCAAGGUUUGGGGAGGAGUUCGUGGUGUGGAGCACUGCUCAGAACAGCCCCCUCUUUGCACCCUAUUUUGCUGCCUACAUCAACAGCUUCCAUGACCUGACGUCAGGGUUAGAAACAGCGUUUAAAGUCAACACUGAGGAACUGCAGAAGAUUUCAUCAGCUCUGACAAGGAACUUCACAAAUAUUUUUUGGAACAAAUUAAGAACAAAAGCACAGCCACUCUUUAAGAAAAUCCUGACCAAGGACUGGAUUUUGGCAACAGAAAAGCUGGACUCGCUGGUGUUGGCAGUCUCGCAGUUCUCCAAGCACCUGCAGCACAUGAGGGAGCCCAUGGGACAGGAACUUCUACGCAACAUUCAUAAGUAUGUGGUGAGAGAAUACAUCACGCAGGUCAUCAAACCCAGACGGAAAAUGAAUGCAGAGACACGGCAGCAAGUGAGUGAAAAGAUGAACCGGGAAGCCAGAAUCCUUAAUAAUACACUCAUUGAUCAGGGCUCUGACUCUGACUGGCUCCUUCCAGCCAUACACCACAUUGCCAAUAUCAUUGGGGAGAAGAAAAAAGACGAGAUCAAGGAGUACGUCAAGGAGCUGUGUCAGGAUUAUCCAGAUAUCAGGAAGGAACAUGUCCUGGCGGUCCUCGCGCUCCGGGGGCUGGGGCGCACCAGGAGAGCGGCGAUUUUUCGGCAAGUCUGCCACAGGCUGGAGAGCCCUGACGGCGGGGAUGGCAGCGCACUCUUUGCUGAAAUCGACGCCCCAGUGAUCAUCAGCUGCUUCUGAAACACAACCAAAGCAGCAAGCAGCAUUGUCCCUCCUCCUACACCACCUCUAUGGCAUGAUCCAAAAUCUGCUACCCCACCUGGGUCCUCUGCAAAUGCAACUUUUUGACUGUCAUGAGAAAAUGAGUAGUUUUUUCACCUUGCUGCCCUGAGUCCAGAAACCAAAGGCAAUGGACGCACCAAGACACUGACCCCCAGGAGCCCCCCAGGCAGCAGCUCCAGCACUGCGUUCACCCUGCAUUCAAAAUGUAGAUUUUAUGGCCUGGAGGCUGCUCUGUUGUUUGGUCCAAGAUUGAAUCUCUUUUCAGAGAACAGGAGAAAAACAAAAGGAGUUCACUCAGAGCUAUAUUAAGGCUUGGACUGUGCAUUGCAUAAUUAUACAGCAGCAGAGCAAGAGCCUCCUUCUUAAUUGCUGUCCCUGAGCAACUGAGGGGCAGAGCUUGGGCAGGGAUGUGGUAAUGCCCAAGCCUUAUUUGCUCCCCAGUGAACCAGCUGUCUGACCCGUCGUUGCACAAGCUCUGUGACAUUGUGACCUGAUGCCACAGACCACUACCUGCCCAAGGAGGUUACCUUGGAGAGUGACCAAACCCCACAGCUGGGACAUGCAUCGCAUGGACCACCCUGCACUCCAGGAUGGACCCUGUGGCCCUUCUGGUAUUUUAGCAGAUUUUUUUCCCAUGUGGUCUGCCUUGUAAAGCUCUUUUUGAACCAAAGGCCUGCUCAUGCCAUCACACCCCCUCUGUGUGGGCAAACAUGUCUGGAUCAGAUGUGCCACGUGGAGAGAGGCUCUGAGUCCCCCUUUCCCCAGGGAAAAGGGCCAUCAUGCCCUUAGUCCAUUUUCUUGUAUGUUCAAAAGUGUUUUAACAAAUCUGGUACAAUCUGAUUGCAGUAUGAAAUCUAAUGUGCCGGGCAUAGUGCUGCAGAUCAGAUCCUCAUGUGACGUAAACCAGCAUCACCCUAUUGAUGGGUAUGGAACACCGCCGGUUUAACCCUCUGAGGGAUCCAAAGCAUUACAUCCAGCAUCUGCAGGGGAGAGUAAAAGAGACAUCCAGCAGCAUACGGCUGCACAAAUCUAAUUCCAUUCAAUCCAAUUUAUCCUUUAGGUUGCCCUCCACAGGCACUAAUCCAAGACUCUGUACAGAGACAUGUUUACAAUUGAUUAAUUAAUGUGAUAGAUGUGGACACGGCAUAGCCUUGAACAGUAAUCUGUCUGCUGCAGAGCUUACAGCGUCAGUAGUGAGACUCUUUCAUUUCCUUUGCUCCAGCUUGUACCGGUGUCAAUUCCAGCCGGUGUGAGCAGCAGGUGCUGGUGACAGGCCAAGGGAACUGGUCUGAUGGAUAAGAAAUGAAGAGUGCACCUUCAGUUUGCAGUCAUCAUAUGAAAAAUUUUCUGAGGUAGACUUGUUACCUUCACAACCAAGAUGUGUUUCUCUAAAGAUGGCUUUGAACAAUAAGGUAUAAAUUGAGAGUGUGAGGCAGGGAAGGAAUUUUCUGCCCUGCAUCAUUCUUCAAGGUAGCUCCUGACAAUUCCUGCAAAUCCUUGGCUUAGUGACUCUGUAUUUGCUAUGGAGAAGAAGUAAAAUACCAUCUGUAUCUCCCGUUAGGUGUGCAGAGCUCAGGAGCACUUUGGAACACCUCUUCCCUCUCCUGGGGACACGGUGCAAGCAGGAAGCCCUGGAUUACACCCCCCCAAUGUGUGUGAGCUACAUCCCCAUCACAGCAGAGGAAGGGUAUCAGCACUGAGAGAUUUACAUUUGAUGUCAAAAGCAUUGACUGAGUGGGGGAAAUUAAAAGGGGGAUUUCAACUUCUGCAUUCUCAUCUUGAGAAAUCUGAGACUGGAUUUUCAGAGAAGCACGUAAUUUGAGGCACACAGCAAAGUCAGCCGGAGUUUUUGUGCAUCAGAAACUUCCCUCUGCCCUGUCUACAUCUCUGAUCCCAGCACCUCAUGCAAGGCAUCUGUGGCACAGAAAUUUUCUGAAGCACUAAUUGUAUGCUGGUUUUUCAGUCUUACUAUUUUGCUGUUGUUCUCUCUACAAAGCAGCUGCCUUUCCUCAGGCUCCAGCUGUCUGGACCUGGGAUUAGAGAAGGCUCUCAGCUUCUGUUUUCUAAAAAAAGCAAGUUGCUACCCUGAAGUCAGGGAGGAAAGCCGGGCACGAUGACUUGCCUUUUGUCACAGCGUCCCCUGGGAUGCGUGGAUCCUGCAGCCUGGCAUCCUGUGAGCCAGCAGCAGGACCACAGCCUGCUUCCUCCAGGAGCUGCUGCUGCUCGCCUGAUGCUUGCUCUUGAGCAAGCCAGUUUAAGGCUAAACCCAUUAUUGCUCACUCCCUUUCCUGCUCUAACAACCAUGCAAGCGGAGAGAGAGGUCCAGGGUGGGGGAGCAGGGGUCCCCCCCAGGCAGGGGGAUGCUCCCAGAGACACAAGGACAGAGGAAGUUUUGUGAUCCCUGAAAUGAGCUGCUGCUGUCCAGCCGUCUUCUGUUGAACAUCCACUGUUGAUUAGGGCCAUAUUUUACAUUCCUAUAAAAGAGAAGAAAGGCUUCCCAAGGCUUUUAUUGUGAAAUAUGUUGCUCUUGUAGGAAAGUGCCAAGGAGCUCACUUAUUACCCUGUUAACUCCUUCUGUUUGCUGUUUCCCUGCGGUUUCUACCAUUACCCCUACUCCUGCCCCAGCACACAGUCACGUUCCCCACUGGGAGACACAGCUCACUCUUACCCUGGAGUGCCCAAACUACCAAGUGCAGAUAGACCCUCUGGUGAAUAAGGCUUUCUCACAAGAAUUCAAGUACAUGGAAGAGAUAAAGUCUCUCCAGAUUUAGCUUCUCAGGGGUGAACACUGCAUUUCAGGAGGGAGAUCUGACACAGUUCACAGCACUGUGUGGGUGGUGACAGAUGGUUUGGAGGUCUCUGCUGUUUCACAAUACUGUUUGUUUCUGGUUUGGGGUGAAGAGGAAUGCUUCCAGCAUUCUCUGUCCAAGGGAACAGUGCUUGCAGCCAGGACAGCCCACGAUCUGGGGUUUGCAAUCUGAGACCGGCCGUUUGGAACCAUUGUUUCAGCAAUUUGGUGGAAUUGUCCUUUCUUGGAAGCAAAGCACCACUCCAUUGCUCCUCACCAGCAGCUGGAAAAGUUCCAGACUGCCCAUCAGAGCGUUGCCAGCCUGCAGCCAUCGGUCCGCAGGGAAGGGCUGGGAAGCAGCAGCAGAGAUGGGCAGCAGCCGUCCACGGCUGUCAGCUUCUUUCCUGGGCUCUGCCAGUGCCGGUGCCCACGCAGGACCCCAGCUGGGUGGGCUGGAACUUGCUGUGGGCAUCAGCUCUGGCUGCAAGAGGGAAAGCAGGAGCCAGGCUGGCAGUCACCGCCUGCUUCAGCCCAUGCUCCACCAUGAGCAGAGAUGCUGGGCAGCUACUGGGUUGGGCAGAAUUUAUGUUUCAGGCAUUGAAUUUGGCUCUUACUCUCAAUUGUUAAUUCUUCUGCAAGGAAAGGGAUAAACUAUGCUGCUUUAAGACACAGAAAACAGGUUCAUUCCAGGCAAGAAAAGAAUAAAACUAAGGCAUUGCAGUGAAAGCACGGAAGGCUGUCCCUGAGCUGAGGAUCCUAAUCAAUCACUCAAUAUAUUCCAGAAAAAUCCUUUUAGAGCAGCAGCACUAUAACAUUUGGCUCCCUGCUGUGUGAUGUUUUUCAGCAAAGAGCCCUCAAUUUGAUUAAAAUAUUAAGGAUGUCCAGUGAGAAGUGGAUUGCAAUAUUACAUCUACUUUACGAGCUGGGCAAGGUGGCCUGGCACCACCCAGCAAACACAGCUGGGAAGAUAAGAUAUGCCAGAACAUUAUCUCAUGAGUGGACGAAAAGUAAAGCUGUAUUAGUUUUAGGUUUAACUGCUUUGGUAAUUAUAUUUGACAGUUCUCCAAAGUACCAAUGUUUAGCAAACAUUUAUCUUCUGCAUUUUGCAUAUUUCUUCAGGAAAUCUUGCCGUGGUUGGAUUUACUGUCCCAAAGCCAGCCAUUUUGGUUCUCUGGGCACUGGGCAGACACAGGAGUGCUAUUCUUGGUGUUACUGUGCACUUCCACCCCUUAAGGACAUUUUUAUUUAGUACCGCUAAUGAUGACAUAACAUUAGCACUGGUAUUGGCUGACCUGUCCCAUAAAACCCAUGCAAGACUUCAGUCAGAUUGCCAGAGCAUUUAUUGGAUAUUAACAAGUUUAUUUACUAUUACUAUUACUAUUACUAUUACUAUUACUAUUACUAUUACUAUUACUAUUACUAUUACUAUUACUAUUACUAU